AUGGCGAAGCGUGGAUAUAAGCUGCAGGAAUUUGUGGCUCAUUCUACCAAUGUGAACUGCUUAAGUAUCGGUAAAAAGGCGUGUAGAUUGUGUAUUACCGGUGGCGAUGAUCAUAAAGUGAAUCUUUGGGCAAUUGGCAAACCCACUUCUUUAAUGAGCUUGUGUGGCCAUACAAGUCCAGUUGAAACUGUUGCUUUUGAUACAUCAGAAGUUUUAGUGCUUGCCGGAGCUUCCAUGGGUGCGAUAAAGCUGUGGGAUUUAGAAGAAGCAAAGAUGGUUCGCACUCUUACUGGACACAAAUCCAACUGCACUGCUGUUGAAUUUCAUCCAUUUGGUGAGUUCUUUGCUUCUGGUUCCACGGACACGAAUCUGAGGAUCUGGGAUAUCAGAAAAAAGGGAUGCAUACACACGUACAAGGGUCAUACUCGAGGCGUUAGCACUAUCAGAUUUACUCCCGAUGGUCGUUGGGUGGUUUCUGGUGGAUGUGAUAAUGUUGUAAAGGUGUGGGAUCUUACUGCUGGAAAGCUUUUACAUGAUUUCAAGUUCCAUGAAGGACAUAUCAGAUCCAUUGAUUUCCAUCCCCUUGAAUUUCUCCUGGCUACUGGUUCAGCAGACAGAACUGUGAAAUUCUGGGAUUUGGAGACCUUUGAACUGAUUGGAUCUGCCCGACCAGAGGAUACGGGAGUGCGCUCUAUUACCUUUCAUCCUGAUGGAAGGACUCUUCUUUGUGGAUUGGAAGAUAGUCUGAAGGUUUAUUCUUGGGAGCCUGUAAUUUGCCAUGAUGCUGUUGAUAUGGGAUGGUCAACACUUGGUGACCUCUGCAUUCAUGACGGAAAACUCUUGGGUUGUUCGUACUAUAGAAAUUCUGUUGCAGUUUGGGUUGGAGAUAUAUCGCGUAUUGAGCCAUAUGGUGAUGGUUUAGUAUCCGAAGAAAGUGAAUGCACAGACCAGAAAUUUAAUAUCCCUGGACGUAAUUCUUCAGAUAAAGUAGAAAGGGAUGUAAGACCAACUCUGGGUUUCCGCUCUCCAUCUCCUGAUUAUGAGACAAAGGAAAUAAAGAACAUAUAUGUAGACUCUACUGGCGGAAAUCCUGUUACUUUACAAAGAGCUGGCUCCCUGAAUUCUUCAAAAGUAGCCCCAUCGAUGGAUUCCAAGGAAAUUAGUACUCUUCUAACGGAGAAGCAGAGCCCUAUAAUGGGAGUGAAUGCAAAGUUGAGUGAGCAAGCUUUUAACAAAUCUUUCAUUGUCCCCACCGUUGUACCUCAGGACAUUCCUGUUGAAAAAGAUUCUUCUAAUUCUGUAAAGGAAACUAUCACGUUUUCAAAGACCAAACCUGGUAUGUUGCUCAGACCAGCUCAUGUGCGGAGGCUAUCAAAUAGCAAGAAUGAUGUUGAAAAGAUGUCAGUGGCUCUUGAAUAUGGAAACUUUAGCAGUGUUACAAGUGAGAAAGGAACGGCAAGAGAUCCCAGCUUGCAAUCCCUGAUGGAAACAGAAGAUGGAGCUAAAAAAUCCUGUGAUAAGAAAAGCUCUAGCAUCCAGGGUGUUGCAGAGAAGUUUAAAAAAAAAUUAUCACUAGAGACACCUUCUAAUCAGGAAAACUUGCUCUUAAUUGUACCCUUUGAGCUCAAAGAUCUUAUUCAGAAUCUCAGUGAAGAAUCUGUUAAAAGCAGUAAAGACAUCACCCCUGUUAAGAUUGUCAAUGGAGGUUUGUCAGUGCCUACCAUGGUUGCAGUGGUAUCGGGCAGGACACGUACUCUUGUUGAGAGGUUUGAAAGAAGGGAGAAAUUAAGCAACGAAGAUCAAGCAUUAAACACAAGUCCUCAAACUGUACCUGAAUCAAACAGGACAUCCGCCACAGAAACCGAUAUGACCCCUCAUGCCUUAUCUGAAACAGAUAGAACACCAGUUACGUCUACUGUGACUCCUGGCAUUGUGCCUGAAACAGAUAGAACAUCAGUCACAUCUAAUAUGACUCCCUGCAUUGUGCCUGAAACAGAUAGAACACCAGUUACAUCUAAUAUGACUCCUCCUGUUGUGCCUGAAACAGAUAGAACACCAGUUACAUCUAAUAUGACUCCUCCUGUUGUGCCUGAAACAGAUAGAACACCAGUUACAUCUCAUAUGACUCCUCCCGUUGUGCCUGAAACAGAUAGAACAGCCACAAUAGCACCUAAAAUGACCCGUUGUUUUGUACCUGAAACAGAUAAUACAGCCUCCACAGCAACUAAAACGAUCCCUCUUGCUGUACCUGAAAGGGAUAGAACAUUUACCAUAGCAACUAAAACAAGCCCCCGUGUUAUACCCGAAGCAGAUAGAAAGCCCCGUAUAUCAUCUAAUAUGAUGUCUCGUGUUGUACCGCAAAUGGAUAGAACACCCCCAAUAGCAGCCCGAAUGACCUCUCGUGUUAUGCCUGCAAGUGAUAGGACUCCACCAGUAGCAACUAUCACCCCUCGGGUUAUACCCAGGAGGGAUAGAGCACCCCCUAUACCUACAAACGUUGCCACAUCUGUUAUACCUGAAGUGGAUAGAACACCCUCCAUAGCUACUAAUUUUACCCCUCGCAUCUUAAGUGAAAUGGAUAGAGCGCCCCCAUUCUGUUACUUGGUUCCAUUGUCUACCUCGAAUGAAGAGCCUCAAAUUUCUGGGAGGGACUUGACUUCUGCUAAUUAUAGAGAUGUUAUUGAUGAUCUGAUGCAAAGUCAUGAUGUAUUCUUAAAUACCCUUAAAUCGCGCUUGACAAAGCUACAGGUGGUUCGACAUUUUUGGGAACGAAAUGACAUUAAAGGUGCUAUCAAUGCCUUGAGGAAAUUGCCAGAUCAUUCUGUGCAAGCAGAUGUAAUCAGUGUUCUCAUGGACAAAAUGGAGAUUCUCAACUUAGAUUUAUUUUCAUGCUUGCUUCCUGUGCUUGUGGGCUUACUAGACAGCAAUAUGGAAAGGCACGCAAAUAUCUCAUUGGAGAUGCUCCUGAAGCUUGUAGCGGUUUUUGGUCCAGUAAUACGAUCAGCCGUUUCAGCACCUCCAGUUGUUGGUGUUGAUCUUCAUGCAGAGCAAAGGAGAGAAUGCUGCAACCAGUGCUAUGCUCAGCUGCAAAAGAUCCAGCAAAUUCUUCCAGCACUUGCAAGGCAAGCAUUCUGUCUUGACUCUUGA